CGUGUACACCAUAGCGUGUUUGUAGCGUGUUUGUAGCGUGUACACCGUAGCGUGUUUGUAGCAUGUACACCGUAGCGUGUUUGUAGCAUGUUUGUAGCAUGUUUGUAGCGUGUUUGUAGCGUGUUUGUAGCGUGUACACAGUAGCGUGUUUGUAGCGUGUUUGUAACGUGUUUGUAGCGUGUACACCGUAGCGUGUCUGUAGCAUGUUUGUAGCGUGUUUGUAGCGUUUACACCGUAGCGUGGUUUUGUUCUGUGUUUACUAUGUACUGUGUUGUUGUGGCCCAGGCUGUCCUCCGCUGCAGGGCUCAGAGAGCAGCCAGCAGAACUUCAUGGGCGUCCUGGAGACGGCCAUGAAACUAGCCAAUCAGGACGCAGACGCAGAGGACGAGGACGGAACAGGGGAAUUGGCCAAGCCUGCAGUGGGAGCUCCAGUCCAGAAAGGCAAAGCCCCGACCCCUCCCACACCAGGUUCCGGAGGCAACACAACACAGGGCUCCAGACUGGGGCUUAAAGCCCAGCAGCAGUUGGACUUCCUGUUGCUGCGGCGCCAGGCGUUCGUCCGCGCGGCGCUGCGUUCUAAACAGAUGAAGGACAUGCAGGGAGCGGCGGUCCAUCUCCGACACGCUAAAGGACUGGACCAGAUGAUCAGCGCCACCAAGGGAGGCCUGCCUGUAGACAUCACCAAGGUCCCCAGUGCUCCAGUCAGUGAGGAGGACUACUCUCUGGCUCGGUCUCGCUCCUCUCCUCGCUCCUCAGAGCAAUACAACAGCCUCAUGGAGCUCCUCCGACAGCAGCACCAGAAAUGUCUGGGCUACUCCCAGCAGUUCACUCACAUGGGAAGUGUGGCCGAGACCUCCAGGUUUGAGAAGCUGGCAGAGGAGUGUAUGCAGAACAUUGAGGUGCUGAAGAUGGCCCACGCCAAGGGCCAACCUGUCCCCAAAUACCACACUGAGGAGAGGACCUUCAACACUGUCAAAAUGUAUCCUGACCUGACAGCCAAUGAGAUGACGCUGUACAUCGUGAAGGGCAUCAAUCUACCUGCUCCCUCAGGAGUCUCUGCCAGUGAUCUGGACACCAGUGUGCGCUUUGAGUUUCCUUUUCCUAGUAUGGAGGAGGCCCAGAGGGAUAAGACCAGUACAGUGAAGAACAGCAACAGUCCAGAGUUUAAAGAGAAGUUUAACCUGAACAUCAACCGUCAACACAGAGGCUUCAAGAGGGUCGUCCAGGCCAAAGGCAUCAAGUUUGACAUCAUCCACAAGGGGUGAGAUCAGAGACACACACCACACCUGGUUA